AUGGACUCGGAGCACAUUGAACCAGAUUCGGAUCAUAGCAAGACAUCGUGGAGAAAUAGCGCCAAUAUUAAUACGAAGAAUCUCUGGCUGGCAGAUGACCCAGGUCAUCUGGUGAAGGUCGCCCUUCGCACAUAUUCUCUCAGCCUAUCUUCCUCUCUUGGUCCUGCACUACUUCCAGUUGUUCUUACCCUCGUCAAUCCUUCAUCCAGUCUGAAAACUCGCUUGGAUUCAUUCAGACGCGUGUUGAAACGCGAAGUGGGCCUUACAGGAUUUCCAUUCGCCAUCACGAUAGCCGUUUGUGGCGGAAUUGCAUUGAAGCACUUCCUGGAAGCACUAGGUGUCCACCAUGUCGAUAAACAAGACAAUCCAGAAGUUCGACAACAGCCAGUGGUAAACUCCACAUUCCAACGACGUGCAACAGUCCUCUCGCUCGUGACUCAGGCAUGCUCAGGCAUAUCUAACUCCACCCCCUCCCAGAAAGCGUUCCUGUCAAAUGUUUUGUCCUCAACAAUCGCAUUGUUCUUGCUCCAAAGGACUCGUCAACCAUUCGCAACCUUGGGAUUGACGCUCUUGUUUUUCUGUCGUGCAACCGAUGCAUUCAUGCAACAUUUCUUGUUCAUGGAUUCAGCACGGAAAUCUAUCCUAUUCAACAUUUCCGCAAAUCGAUCGAAGCCAACUGGAUCAUCUGUUGAUUUACAAUCACCUGCUGAAGGCGAUGGAAAAACUAAGAAGUGGCAUCAAAAUAGAGCUGUAUGGCUGGACGCUGUUGUAUUUUGGGCCUGCAGUGCUAGAAUCAUGUGGUGUUUCUUCUACCAGCCGCAUAGACUUCCCCCUUCUUAUGUAAAAUGGAUAUCAUCCAUAGCCAACGUAGACAAACGGCUGCUGGACGCCUUGCGUGCUAUGCGUUCUAAAGAAUGGGUUUAUGGCCACAGUUCCAUCCAUUCUCACCUCCUGAUGUCAUAUGCCAAGGAUCGCGGAUACCCUUCAUCUUGGGGCGAUCCACAUGUCUUGCCUGCAUGUGGUGGUACAGAUGCGGACGUGGUCUGGAAGGCGCUUGGAGUACCUGGCCGGAGUGGUGUAGGUGGAUUGCCCUGUGAACUACUGCAUUCCCGCGUUACAACGCGGUGGGGUCUCGACAACAGCUGUUUUACAAAUGUUGGCGUGAGAUUUUUUCAAACUUUCAUCGAGGCUAUGGCUCUAUACCUGCCUGUCCACUUUCUUCCUCUCCUUUUUACUCGCCCUAGCUCUAUCCUCCAGCGUCAUCGCGCCAUUCGCGCUCUGCUAGGUGCAAUCCGCAGUGCAACAUUCCUCUCCACCUUCCUGUCGUCAUAUUUCUUCACUGCUUGUCUUAUACGUACCUUGGUGCUGGCAAAACUGUUCCCGUGGAUCCCUCAUGACGUGUGGGAUGGGCCAUACGGCAGUAUUCUUGUGGGAUCGCUCACGUGUGGUUGGAGUAUACUUAUCGAGAACACGCGGAGACGGGGAGAGAUGGCCUUGUAUGUGUUGCCCAGGGCCGUCAAAGCAUCUUUACCGGCCAAGUGGACUACAGGUAAUCAUGCCGGUGCGAGGCUGGUUGAGCGAAUCGUGUUUGUUCUGUCGCUGGCUUCACUGCUCACCUUUGCAGUCCAUGAACCAGCAUCUUUGAGAGGUCUGUCACGAUGGACCCUCGCUUUUGUCAUGAGGGGGCCAAAUGUUGGGUGGUGGAAAAAACGCAAAGAACAGAUUGAGAAUUGUCCUCAGAUGCCUAUUUCUCCAUCCUCCAACUCAAUCUCCACACAAAGCGUCCAUCAUUUGUAG